AUGAGCUUGAAUUUGUUUAGCCCUCGAAAUAAUGAUAAUGCUUACCAACACGAACUGUGGCAAUGUGAUGAGUCGCCAUGGUAUGCACCCACUCCCGGAAACUUCAGUUGUACCUCCUCGCUGUCAAAUCUUAGCCUUAUUGACGCCAACUCUUUGUCCCCCUUUGAGUACCCCGCUCCUUAAACAAGCACCUCCCGCACAGAUAAUCUUCCGCUCCUCUAAUACGGAGACUGGGUUAAAGGGAAGACGUAUGAUGAGGACCCACCCACCUGUAUUCACUAUUGGACUGAGUGGAAGGUGACUCUCAACACCAAGACUGUGAUUAAAGAUACAGAAUGAGACCUGGUUCUUGCUCCUGGUUUUUAUUGGAGGUUGUUUUUCCAACCAAAAUUGAGAGAAAAGCUAUGCCUCAAAUAUCCACACGAAAAGAUUGCAUUAGACGACACGUCCAUUGUGGUGACGGUUCCUGGGCGUAUCACUUCCUUGUGGGUAAGAAAUUGAAGCUCCUAAUAUCUUUUUACUAUGUAGAUGAUAACCAAGGUGCUACAGCCAGUCGCAGGGCGACUGACAAACAAGGUGCAUCUUCUGCCACCCAGGGUAUGCUUCGGGAAUAUCUCAAGUAAGCCCUCGUUCAACCAGUGAUAAGUUCUUUCUUGCCGCUGUGACCCCGCAUUAGUCAUUCUGGCCUGGCCAGCUGGUCUUACAUCAGAACGACCAUCAACUUGCACUGGAAGAAAUUCUCAUCCCUUUCCCAACAACUCAGGUGAAGAGUACGAGAACUGCUUGCUACUAUUGCAU